CAUUUCCUUUCUCUCUCCGUCUAUGCAGGACCAAUGUCGUGAUGAACUACACCGAAAUCGAGGGCAAAGUACGCGAAGCAACCAACGAUGAACCGUGGGGUCCGACGGGACCGCUGAUGCAGGAACUGGCACACGCCACCUUCACCUACGAGCACUUCCCCGAGGUGAUGUCGAUGCUGUGGAAACGGAUGCUACAGGACAAUAAAACCAACUGGAGGCGGACGUACAAGAGCUUACUGCUACUUAACUACCUGGUACGGAAUGGUUCGGAACGGGUGGUGACCUCGUCGCGGGAACACAUUUACGAUCUGCGAUCGCUGGAGAACUACACCUUCGUGGACGAGAACGGCAAGGAUCAGGGCAUCAAUGUCCGGCACAAGGUUCGUGAGUUGAUCGAUUUCAUUCAGGACGACGACAAACUGCGAGAGGAGCGGAAAAAGGCCAAGAAGAACAAGGACAAGUACAUUGGAAUGAGCUCGGACGCGAUGGGCGGAAUGCGAUACGGUGGUGGUGGUGGUGGCGGCGGAGGAGGCGGUAGCGAGUACGGUGGCUACCGGGACAGCUGGGACCGGAGGACGGAUGAACGGGGGUAUAACGAAGGAAAGGACCGUUACGAAUAUGACUACCAGUACGACGGAGAACGGGAAGACUCCGACAAUGAAUCAAAUGGACCUCAUGCCAACAGAUAUUACGACAAAGAGCGCUCGAAGAGUCCUGCCACCCGUCAACCAUCGUCGACCCUUUCGACGCAUUCCGGCAGUGGAUUCUCGCCGUCCUCCUCAUCGACCACGCCGGGUGAAAAGAAGAUCAACCUGAACAUUAAAUCCCCGGCAGCAGCAGCGGCGACAGUGAAAGCAGCGACCGCCGCAGCCGCAUCCAGCAAACCCGCCAAGAAAAUCGACAUGGGAGCGGCGAAAAACUUUGGAAAAUCCGCCGACCUCGGAAUCCACUCGCCAACGCACAGAAACACCCAUGCCGAGGAAAUUAUCAGCACUUCGGAUGUCGCCGCCAGUGGGAAACCUCCCGGCAAUGAGAUCCUAGAGGACCUGUUCCGAACCUGUCCGGCGCCUCCCUCGGUUGGAAGUCCAUCCAAGGACACCGACUUCGACGACUUUAACCCUCGGGCGGACGAUUCCUCCGCGACCGGUCCGGAGUUUGGCGAUUUCGAAUCAGCGUUCGGUGGUAAACCGGCGCCCAAAGCUGGCGGUGAUGAUUUCGCAGAUUUUGCGGCGUUCGGAACGGCGCCGUCGUCGGCUGCACCAGCCCCCGCCGCAUCGAGUGAUUUGUUCUUUGGACUGAAUACGAGUGCGCCGCCAGCAGCGUCGUCGAUCCCGGCAGCCGGAGUGAGCUUGUUCGGGAUGUCACCUCAGCAGCCACCACAGAUGCAGCAACAAACAGCGGCCAACGAUUUACUGUCCGAUUUGAGCGGACUGAGUCUGGGAAGCACGAAUG